UAUUUAUUAUCGAAAGUUAAACAAAAUAAUGAGCUGUCAAAAGAACGAAGUAUUAUAUAGUCAUAAGAAGUCGGUCGGUGGCAGUCGUUAGUUGUGUGGAUGAGUGUGAUUACAAAUAUAAAAUUAAUUUUACGCAAAUAAUUAAAGCAGAAUGCCGGGAUUAUUGACUAUCGUGUAAUCUUGGCAUCAAUUUAAUAUAAUGUAAUAUAUGGGAACUCCGAUAUUAAAUUUUAUUUUUCGUGAUAAACAAAUUCUGACUAAUCAGUAAAACAAAGGCUCAGAAUGGUGUCCAUGGAGAAGAAGAGUGCCAUCCUCAUGAGCGUCGGCUCCUUCCUGGUGGUGACCGGGGCUGUCAUGGCCGUUUUCUGGCCAUCUUUAUUCAUGUUAGUGUUGAAGAAGAUUAUGGUGCUGGCACCUGGUUCCACUUCUUACAACAUCUGGAAGGAGAUACCCAUACCUAUGUACCUGGAGUUCUUUAUGUUCAACAUCAGCAACGUCGAUGACAUCCUAGCUGGGAAGAAUGUGAAGAUGCAGGUGGAGCAGUUCGGACCAUACGUGUUUAGAGAGUACCAUAAAAAGGUCAACAUCACAUUCAACGACAACGCGACUGUCACCUUCUACAACGAACGAACAUGGUUCUACGAGCCUGAAAUGUCGAAUGGGACCCUGGAUGACGUCAUCACCAGCAUUAACCCGAUUAUAGCGACGGUGGCCUACGUCCUCCGCAACCAGCAUCCAUUACUGAAGGUGCCCGUGGAUGUGUUCAUGAGAAUGUUCCAUGAUAACAUGUUCCUGACAGCACCGGUCAGGAAUUGGCUGUUCGAUGGUAUAGAGGAUCCCGUGCUGGACGUUGCAAAUCAUUUCCCUGAUCUACCCAUCAAUAUACCCUACGAUAGAUUCGGCUGGUUUUAUGAGCGCAACGGGUCAAAGGAAUUCGAUGGCAUAUUCCUCAUGAACACUGGCGCUAAAGACUUCUCCUCUCUGGGUAACGUGGAGAAAUGGAAGUAUUCUGACCGAUCCAACUUUAGGGACGAAUGCGGUGUGGUCCAAGGAUCGACGGGAGAGUUGUGGGCCCCUGAACUUGGACAGCAGGAGCUCACAGUAUUCGCCCCGGAUAUAUGCACGUACAUGAAUCUCGCGAGAACCGACAAUCCGGUCGAGGUCCUGGGCGUCCAAGGUGUCGAGUACGCAGCGAAUAAUUCAUUAUUCGACAACGGCUACAGAUAUCCUAGUAAGGCGUGCUAUUGCGACGUUGUCCGCGACGACAACUGUCUCCCGCCCGGCGCCCUGAACGUGUCUUCGUGUAGGUUCGGUGCCCCGGCCUUCGUAUCACAACCGCACUUCUAUCAAAUGGAUUCUCAUUAUCUACAGAAGAUCGAGGGUCUCAACGCUACCGACGACAUGAACUUCCGGCUGUCCUUGGAGAUGUACACCGGCAUGCCGUUGUCUGUCGCGGCUCAGCUACAGAUCAACCUGCUAGUGAGACACGUCGAUGCCAUCACUAUAAACAACCAGCUUCCCGACCGGGACACGCUGGUGCCCAUGUUCUGGUUCCGCCAAGAGUUGUUCAUGACGGAGCAAUACGCCAGCCUCGCGAGGCUCGCGCUGGGCGUCCGCUCCGGCGUGCCGAUUGGACUAUACACUAUCACGGCGGUCGGCAUCCUGCUGCUCGUUAUAGGUAUCUUCAUCCUCCUCAAGAAACUGCUCAAGCCUUCCGACACCUUGCUGGACUCGCCGCACGAGGUGGUGCAGUGAACAAUAAGACUGCCUAGGACAUUAUACUAUGGAAAUUCAUGAUUCCAGUUACCGGGAUUGCUUUUCUACAAAUAUAUCGAUUUCAGAGCCCAUUACGUUCAGCGUCAAUAAUAAUUCCAUAUAUUUUUUAUAUUUUUUUUAAUUGUAAGUCUUAGUGCAAUACUUUAGGUGUAACAAAGGGUGCUAUGGGUUCGAGUAGCCCACUCGUAUAUUAGUGGCGACAGGUAGCAUUUUAGUCGACUAAAACAAUAUUAAUAAUGAUUAACUAGGUGAUAGGUUUUUUUAAGAUAUCUAAUAACUGUUACAGCUGUGUAUUGUAUCAUAGAGGUCAUAUAUUUUUUAUACAUAGCUCUAGUCUGUACAUGUAGUAUUCUUGGGCAUUUCGUUUUCGUUGACUGGAUCCGGAAUAGACACAGUGUCGUAUAUAUUAUAUUAUUGUUUUAUCAUUCUUGACCUCAUUUGAAACAAAUAUUGACGUUUUUGUUACAUUAUUCUAAGAAGGUUAUGUUUUUAAAAAGAGCGCCAUCUGUUACAUGAAGGUGGUACUAGUUGUCCUUGUUAUGUCUUGCCACUAUGAAAUAAAAGUCGUUACACACAACAGUGCUUCUACACUCGUUAAAAAAAUGCGUUCAAAUUGAUUUAUUUAUUUAAAUGAUUUAUAUUUAGUAUUUCGUAUAACAUAACCAAAAACAAUUCCUUCACAUUAUUUAACUACACGGGAUGGAGGAAAACUCGGAUUAAUGUCGUUUUAAGUAUAUAUUUUUAAAUCGUUGGAAAUUUUCUUAACGUUCAUUUUAUUAACAUAUUUUAUUAAAUGUAUUAUAUAAUUACAUUACUCAUGUUAUGUGAACAGUGCCUUACUAGAUGUGUCUAGUUUUUUUUUUAAUUAUGGCCUCCAGCCGUGCAAAGACAUGCACAGUAUAUUCUGCCAGUGUCGAGUAUAAUUUAAUAUUUAUAAGACCAGGUUUCCUCGCGAUGUCUUCCUUCACCGUCCGUCAGUGGUGUCUAAAUACUCUUAGAAAGUACAUAUGUCUCUCAUAAAUCACAUUGGUACUGUCCAGGUUUCGAACCCGCGCCCUCAUACACGAGAGGCGGGCUUUUAGCCUCUAGGCCACCACGACCCUGUGUGUCUGUUAUACAACGUAUUUAAUGUUAUCUGUUGUUAGUUGCCACUUCAUGGUUACCCUAAAUGGCAACUGUCAAAAAUAUAUAUUCAGUCGAGACUGUUCAGUUUUAUUUCAUUGAAAAGUCAAUCCCGGAUCGUGUGUCCUCCAUUCUACCUGACACUGGCAGAAUGUACUGUGCGCGUCUUUGCACUGAUGAGGGUCAUAUAAAAAAAAAUAUAAAGAAGAUUCAACUUAGAAAAUUGUACGAAAGAGUUACCUUAUGAUGUUCCAAUCGGAUCUUUCCCUGUAAUUAUUCUGACUUGUUUAUAAAUAAAUGAUUCAAUACAA